AUUAAUUAUUUCUGUCUCCUAAACACGACUAGCCUAAUAUCAUGCGAGUGGUGGUGUUUGGUUGGUUAAUUACGGGGAGUAUUGCUAAGCUUGUAAUUUAAAGCUAAAGGCAAGGCUGUUCCUAGAAGCCACUGCAAGUUUCUCGUUUUUUAUUCCCUCUCUCUUUCUCUCUCAAUCGCCCAUUCUCUGUGACAUACACGAAAGAGAAACUAAGAAACGUAAACAAAAUUCUCCAAGAAAACGAAAGGAGAAGGAACUUGCUGGGAGAUUCAAGCCAAAAUAUCUUCUUCUUUUUUCUUUUUCUUUUUUUUUUGCGUUGGUUGAAGGAGGAAGGAGAUGAAGAGUUGUGAGCUCUGUAAGUUAGCGGCGACAACGUCUUGUGAAUCGGACCAAGCCAGUUUAUGCUGGGAUUGUGACGCUGUAGUCCACGGGGCUAACUUCCUUGUGGCGAGACAUGUGAGGUGUCUGCUCUGUCACGCUUGUCAGUCUCUCACUCCGUGGAGAGCCACUGGUUCCAAGCUUGGUCGCACGGUCUCCGUCUGUGAGAGGUGCAUCGACGGCGGUGAUCGAAAAGAGAGCGAAGCGGAAAAUGACGAUGACGGUGACGGAGAAGACGAUGAAGGAGAUGAUUCUGAUGAUGACGUGUCAGUUGGAGAUGAUGUGGAGGACGGAGAAAAUCAGGUGGUGCCGUGGUCCACAGUAGCAAAUACACCUCCGCCGGCGCCUAGUUCUUCUAGUAGCGAUAAUUAUUCUGGUGGUGAAAGAGAGGUCUCUAGAUCAACAAAUUUGUUUUCAUUGAAAAGGUCGAGAGGGAAUGCUUCAGAUCUUCACUCUCAGGACGAUCCGGAUCGUUUAUCUUCAAAACGGAGGUACGGCUACCAUACUGUUUUGGCGACUAGGUGCAGAGCAGAGGAGGGAGGCGUUUCGGUUGACUCCAGAACUAUGAGGCUAUCGAAGGACCAACAGAUCAAACCGGAGGGCACGGUUCAGUUGCAGUCCGAAUCGAGAGGCGCGACGAGUACGGAGUCAUUAGGCAAAAAUUAGAGUGUGAGAAAAUCCAGUAAAAAUAUCUUAAAAUUUGUUAGUACUUGUAAUCCCUUAGCCGUCCGAUUUGAGUUGGUUUGGCCUGCUAUUUCUGAUUUUCUCUAACCUUUUCUAACAAUAGGCUUCGAUUAAUCAUUGAUGGGAAUGUUGACCCUGUAGGCCUUGUACUGCUUUAUUUGUACUAAUCCAAGAAUUUUUAGGAGUGCUAAAUGCUACAAAGCUUCAUCUUUC